CGGCGCUGCUGCUCAACAGCGCCAUCUUCUUCAAGAUUCCUCCCUCAACUCCCAACCGCCUUCCCUCCAACAUCCCCCUCCGCACCCUAGCCUCGCGUUGGGAUCACGGCCAAUCGACGUCAUUGCUCGACGACCACCGCCAUCGAUCUUCGCAUGAGCGUCACUCCGACGACUCUGCCGACUUUGACUCGUGGACCGACACUGGUGACCUCGCAGAACAGUUGGCAGAUGAGGAGGAUCCCUUGCGCAAGAGUCUUGCCGAUACCUCCAUCCACGACGACCUCAUCUCGGGCGCCCUGAAGCGCCAUCCCAGGCACAGCAAACGCGUCCAGUUCAAACGCUCCGUCGACGAGCACAGCUACGGUCACUCCAGGUCUAGCUCCGGCGUCAUCGACAAGGAGGCCAUCCAGAUCCCUGACGUCCCUCCCCGUCGCAUAUCCCGAGGAGAGCGUUGCAUAGCCGCCAUCAUGCCGGGCACGGGGGUAAACGGCUUCACGGGCAAGGCCCUCAUCUACUUUACGAGCAUCUUUGUUUCAUUAGGCGUGUUUCUUUUCGGAUAUGAUCAGGGUGUUAUGUCGGGCAUCAUCACUGGCCCAUACUUCAGGGAUUAUUUUAACAAUCCCUCUAGGGCGGAGAUAGGCACCAUGGUUGCCAUUUUAGAGGUCGGGGCGUUUAUCUCGUCUUUAAUUGUUGGAAGAGUUGGAGAUAUCAUCGGUCGCCGAAAAACCAUCCUUUAUGGAUCCAUGAUAUUCUUCGUUGGCGGAGCGUUACAGACCUUUGCGACUAACAUGCCAAUGAUGAUGCUGGGCAGAAUUAUUGCUGGUUUGGGUGUUGGUUCAUUGUCGACGAUCGUGCCUGUUUAUCAAUCUGAGAUCUCGCCUCCUCACAAUCGAGGAAAACUUGCUUGCAUCGAGUUUUCAGGCAACAUUAUCGGGUACACUACAUCGAUAUGGGUAGAUUACUUCUGCGGCUACAUAAAGAGCAAUCUAUCCUGGCGGAUCCCUCUGCUUAUGCAAUGCGUUAUGGGAGCUCUAUUGGGCUUGGGAAGCUUAAUUAUCGUGGAGUCACCGAGAUGGCUGCUUGAUAAUGAUCACGAUGAAGAGGGAAUUGUCGUCAUAGCAAAUCUAUAUGGUGGUGGUGAUAUCCAUAAUCCUAAAGCGAGGGAUGAAUACCGUGAGAUCAAGAUGAACGUUUUGCUGCAACGCAUGGAAGGCGAGCGAAGUUACUCCGAGAUGUUCCGUCGGUACAAGACACGCGUCUUCAUUGCCAUGUCAGCACAAGCACUCGCUCAGCUUAACGGUAUCAAUGUCAUUUCUUAUUAUGCGCCUUACGUCUUCGAAUCGGCUGGCUGGGUUGGCCAUGAUGCAGUGAAGAUGACGGGUAUCAACGGCAUCACCUAUCUACUUUCUACGAUUCCGCCGUGGUACAUUGUGGAUCGAUGGGGCCGUCGUGUCAUCCUCUUGACAGGCGCAGUUGCUAUGGCCAUAUCGCUCUCGCUGGUCUCUUAUUUCAUUUAUUUGGAUAUCGAGUUAACGCCUAACUUGGUUGUGAUCUUCGUCAUGAUAUACAACGCAGCUUUUGGGUACUCAUGGGGUCCGAUUCCAUGGCUCUACCCACCAGAGAUUCUCCCACUCAGUAUUCGAUCGAAGGGAGCCAGUUUGUCGACUGCUUCCAAUUGGGCAUUCAAUUGGCUCGUGGGAGAAAUGACCCCCAUCUUGCAGGAGUGGAUCAAGUGGCGGUUGUAUUUGCUUCAUGCUUUCUUCUGCGUGGUCAGUUUUGUUGUUGUGUACUUUGUAUACCCAGAGACAUGUGGUGUGCGAUUGGAAGAUAUGGACUCAUUAUUUGGAGAUGCCAGCACGGCUAUCGGUACUCCUGGCGUUCGAUCGGAAACUGGUUCUCUCGUCCGGGCAGGAUCUCCUGUGCCCUCCCUUGAUCUUCGAGGACGGCCACUGGCGCCAGAUGGAGCGAUUCCUCCACUAGAUAUCGACCCGCCAGCGGUCAAUAUUGUAGAUGGCAAAGCUGCACCGCGACUGCGAUCCGAAAGUCGCAGUUCACGGGGUCGCGUGGGUGAGUGGUUAAGCAGGAUGGUCGGCCAAACCCGUGGCUCAAGUAGUAGUCCCGCGUCUGGCGCGAGAUAUGCCCCGCUAGACCAGCGAGACGACUAGAGUUACGUAUACAUAUAUGGUUCAGAAGAAUAAGAAGCGAAGAUGAUAGAUUUUUUCAUUAUCCCCUAUAUAGAGGGUGGCGGCGUCCACGGACCAUCAAAGUUCCGGCUUGGGGUCGAUGUCGUGAUUCCCACGAAUCGAAUGGACCAAAGGUCUAGAGUGAGCAUGUUGACUCCGGAAGGCAACUUAAUUAUCAACGCAUAUCACAUUGAGCGGUUCGAGUCUUGAUUGACGAUUGGAGAUGUGACAGUAUCGUUAUAAAGCGGACUGAUGGUUGGGGGCCACAGUUGUUUUCCAUAGAACAGCAUGCUGGUGGUAUCAGGGCAAAAGGAAAACAUGCCUGUACUUAUAAUGGAUUCUGUAUCUGUGAGAAUAAACCCUGGUAGACGGGCUUGGGUUGUAUGCCGGGUAUUCUGUCAC